CCCAAGGGCCAAGGCAACAAAGUGCAAAACGGAUCUGUGCAUCAGAAGGAUGGGUUAAAUGAUGAUGACUUUGAACCCUACUUGAGUCCCCAGGCCCGGCCGAAUAAUGCAUACACUGCAAUGUCCGAUUCCUACUUACCAAACUACUACAGUCCCUCCAUUGGAUUCUCCUACUCCUUAGGCGAAGCUGCCUGGUCUACGGGGGGUGACCCACCCAUGCCCUACCUAACCUCUUACGGACAGCUGAGCAACGGGGAGCCUCACUUUCUCCCAGACGCGAUGUUCGGGCAGCCAGGGGCCCUUGGCAGCACUCCAUUUCUUGGGCAGCACGGCUUUAACUUCUUUCCAAGUGGGAUUGACUUUUCGGCUUGGGGGAAUAACAGUUCUCAGGGACAAUCCACUCAAAGCUCUGGCUAUAGUAGCAAUUAUGCCUAUGCCCCUAGUUCGCUGGGUGGAGCUAUGAUCGACGGGCAAUCUGCCUUCGCUAAUGAGACGCUGAACAAGGCUCCUGGCAUGAACACCAUCGACCAAGGGAUGGCAGCUCUGAAGCUGGGCAGCACAGACGUUGCAAGCAGCGUCCCGAAAGUCGUUGGUUCAGCUGUCGGUAGCGGAUCCAUUACCAGUAAUAUCGUGGCAUCUAACAGUUUGCCUCCGGCUACUAUCGCUCCUCCAAAGCCGACCUCCUGGGCUGACAUCGCUAGCAAACCGGCUAAGCAGCAGCCCAAGCUGAAGACCAAGAACGGCAUUGCAGGUUCGAGUCUUCCGCCGCCUCCAAUAAAGCAUAACAUGGAUAUUGGAACUUGGGAUAACAAAGGGCCGGUGGCAAAAGCCCCGUCGCAGGCCUUAGUUCAGAAUAUUGGUCAGCAGCCAGCCCAGGUGUCCCCCCAGCCCGUGGGUCAGCAGAUCAAUAGCAGCCCACCGGUGGCAGGGCAGCAGCCCCAGCCACUGCCCCCACCGCCACCACAGCCAGCCCAGCUGCCCGUGCCACAGCAGGCAGCUCAGCCCACCCGCUGGGUUGCCCCUCGUAAUCGUGGCAACGGGUUCGGUCAAAACGGAGUGGACGGUAACGGAGUGGGACAGUCUCAGGCCAGUUCUGGUUCUGCUCCUUCUGAGCCGCACCCGGUCUUGGAGAAGUUGAGAUCCAUCAACAACUACAACCCCAAGGAUUUUGACUGGAACCCAAAACACGGCCGGGUUUUCAUCAUUAAGAGUUACUCUGAGGACGAUAUCCACCGUUCCAUUAAAUAUAACAUCUGGUGCAGUACAGAGCACGGCAACAAGAGACUGGAUGCCGCCUAUCGCUCCAUGAACGGGAAGGGCCCCGUUUACUUACUGUUCAGUGUCAACGGUAGCGGUCACUUCUGCGGAGUAGCGGAAAUGAAAUCUGCUGUGGACUAUAACACGUGUGCGGGUGUGUGGUCCCAGGACAAGUGGAAGGGACGUUUUGAUGUCAGGUGGAUUUUUGUGAAGGACGUUCCCAACAGCCAGCUGCGGCACAUCCGCCUAGAGAACAACGAGAAUAAACCAGUGACCAACUCCAGGGACACUCAGGAGGUGCCUCUGGAAAAGGCUAAGCAGGUGUUGAAAAUCAUUGCCACCUACAAGCACACCACCUCCAUCUUUGAUGACUUCUCACACUAUGAGAAACGCCAAGAGGAGGAGGAAAAUGUUAAAAAGGAACGCCAAGGCCGUGUCAAGUAAAAGGCCAUUCCUCCCACAGAGACUGCAGCAGAGAUUGCAUCCCAGCUAUCUUUCAGAGAGAGAAAGAAAGAGCAGAAAUAUCCCAGAGAGAAUUAGGACUU